UCAGAUCAGUUCAUCCUGAGGAAAUUCCAUAUUGUAAAUGCAUGUCGCGGCGGAUCUUAACUGGUUCCUGCAAUUCAUAGUGUUGGCGUUAGUUGGGAUUUCCGGCAUGCUGUAUUUGGUGCGGAACACGGCGUCGAGGUACUUCGUGGUGGACUCCAGCUUCGAUUCCUCCGCCGCCGAUUAUUCGUCCUUGGAUCGCCGGAAGAGGGACAGUAUGGCCGGCGGCGCUGCCGAGGGCUUUGAUUCCUGCGUCGUGUGCGGCAAUCUCACCAAGAAACAGUGCGCCGGCUGCAAGAUGGUCAAGUACUGCUCUGAAGCUUGUCAAAAAUCUCACUGGUCUGAGCACAAGUUAAGAUGCAAAGAGAUGAAGUCACUGUACAAAGCUAACUAUAAAAUGCCAAAAUCCAAUUUGAGGGGAAGGAAAGCUUCAGUAACACCUUUGGACGGAAGCUCAAAGAUUUACAAACCUUCAAACAAAAUACUUUUCCCAUAUGAGGAAUUUCUAGAAUUUUUCACUUGGGACAAACCAGGCUAUCCUCCUUGUGGACUUCUUAACUGUGGAAACAGUUGCUUUGCUAAUGUGGUUCUUCAGUGUCUCGCAUACACCCGGCCACUUGUUGCCUACUUGUUGGAGAAAGGCCACCGCAGAGAAUGUCAAAGGGAUGAUUGGUGCUUUCUUUGUGAGUUUCAAUUGCACAUGGAAAGGGCUAGCCGAAGUGAUAAUCCUUUUUCUCCAAUGAACAUUCUUUCAAGAUUGCCUAACUUAGGUGGUAAUCUUGGAUAUGGGAAACAGGAGGAUGCCCAUGAGUUUAUGAGGUUUGCCAUUGACACGAUGCAGUCUGUGUGCCUUGAUGAAUUUGGUGGAGAAAAGGUAGUUCAUCCUAGCUAUCAAGAGACAACCCUAAUUCAACAUAUAUUUGGGGGUCGUCUUCGAUCACGGGUUAUAUGCGGGGAAUGCAGCAAUGUUUCAAACCAAUUUGAAAAUAUGAUGGAUUUAACUGUUGAAAUUCACGGGGAUGCUGGAUCUUUGGAGGAGUGUUUGGAUCAAUUUACUGCCAAAGAGCGGCUUCAUGGGGAUAAUAUGUAUAAAUGUGAUGGUUGCAAUGCAUAUGUCAUGGCUUGGAAGCGCCUUACUGUUGACCGAGCACCAAACAUUCUUACAAUUGCCUUGAAAAGAUUCCAGAGUGGAAGAUUUGGGAAACUUAAUAAGAGGGUGACUUUCCCAGAGACAUUGGAUCUUAGCCCAUACAUGAGUGAAUUGGAAGAUGGAAAUGAUACUUACAAGCUGUAUGCUGUUAUUGUCCAUGUGGACAUGCUGAAUGCAUCUUAUUUUGGCCAUUACAUAUGUUAUAUUAAGGAUUUCCGUGGAAGCUGGUACAGAAUUGAUGAUUGCAGGGUUGCUAGCGUUGAUUUGGAUGAGGUGCUUUCACAGGGAGCCUAUAUGCUCUUGUACAGCAGAAUACAUGCUCGCCCAUCAUGCUUGCUUCCCACUGAAUUGCUGAUGAAAGAAGAAAGUGAGAAAGUGAAAAUAACUGAAGUGGGCUCUUCUUCCACAAUACAACAUGCUGAGUCAUUGCCUGAUGUAGUUUGCACUGACAGUUUUGUCGAUUUGGAGCAAUCAUCUACAAAUGGUUUGGGGUAUCAGGUCAAUGGUGGGGGAAAAAGUUCAUUAACUGCAGAUGCAAAAGGAGACGCAAAAAUGGCCGACUUAAGUUUGCCCAUUGUCUAUGAUGCUGAACAUCACAAUGAUGUAUUGCCCACCACACCAAAAGAGGUUCCUUCCACUGGAAAUCAUGAUGAGACAUAUCUCACUAGCUCUUCAGUGAUUGAUACUUCUUCCACAGAAGUGGAUGCCAAGAGUUAUGGGACAUCUUCGUCCACUUCUGAUGUUAAAGCGAAUUGUGGAAAUGAAAUCAAUAUCGAAUUGGGUUCAUCCAGACAGUUGACUGAAGUGGCCACCACUACAGUUGGGAACUGUAAAGAUGAUGUAGACAGUAACACUUGUAGUAUCCCAGCCAGGGAUACUACUGCCGGUGAGAUCUCAGAUAAAGAGCACUCUGCUAGUUCGACAUCUAAUAAUGGAAAUAUUGGGCCCGGGAAUGGCUCAUCAUCCUCUGAUUCGAUAAAGUCUACGAAGAAAGCAGAUGGAGGAAGUUCCACGAAAAAGUGUAAGCCACUCUUCCCUCCUGGUUUUCUGGGAAAACAGCCACUAAAGAAAAGUGUUACGCCGGACUGUAAAAGCCACCUGAAUAACCAUACAGAAGAAGUUGCAAAGUCUUGUUUACCGCGUGAAAAUGGUGGCUUAUUGGAAAACAGAGAGUUGCACAAUACACAUGAGAAUGGAGAUGUUUCUACAAAAACUGAUACGUGUUAAGAGCCUUGGAAAUGGAAAUUCCUCGAGUGAAAUAUGAUGAGAUGAUGAUGAUGACUUAACACAAUGGAUGCACGAGGUAGAAACUUCUGAUCUCUUGAAAAGAUAUACCAUCCCAAAGGAGGGAGACAUAGAAAACUUCACGGACAGAGGCGAUGCUCGAAUAUGUCGAAUCAAAUUGCAGAAGAUCGGAGAUCUUCUGUAAUAAUUCAAGAAUGCUGAUGUGUUGAAGAGAUUGAAACCGGAAAGUUUUAGAAAUAACGUCGAUAAUGUGUUGGUAAGAGCAAAUUUAUUUUCCAUUUUCCUUGCUGUUUAUAGCAUUCGAUUAUCCCAUCCCCACAACUGGAUGCGCUGGGAAUAUAUUACUAUAUCCUUGGUUUCAUUAUUUACAGGAAUCUUGGAUACUAGUCUUCUUGUCUCUCCUUUAAAAUUACUUCACUGAAAUCUAAAUUCCUCUUGUUGCAUAUUUUAUCUA